GAAAUAUCGAUCAUGUAAUAAAAGCCAAAUUAACAUCUAGUGUACUUAGUGGUCAUCACUCUCGUUCACUUUCCGUCUGGUGCUCUGGUAUAUGUAGUCUUCAUCUUCAACAUCCAUUGCAAACACUCACAUACACUUCCGGUGACUCACAACCAUGGAGGCAAGAAAUCUCAUCCGAUUUCUCUUCCUCACUGUAAUCGUCGUCCUCCUCCUCCUGUUCACUUUUACCAACCUCCCAUAUACCCUGCCACUCACCAACAAAGCGGAGGAGUUACUCGACUGCUCCACCAACUCACGGUUGUGCACCUCCAAAAACCGUUUCUUUCAAUCCAAUAUCAAACGACCACCCAAACCCACCACCCGCCUCCACACCGCCGACGUACCCCACCACCCACUGGACCCCCUCACCCUCAACGAACUCAACAAAGUCAGCUCCAUCCUCCUCUCCCACGCGCUAUUCCUAAACUCCAACACCUACGCACUUCACUCCGUCGUGCUCGAAGAACCAGACAAGUCCGUCGUGCUGGCGUGGAACCACGGGGAACCUCUCCCGCCACGUAAGGCGUCUGUCAUUGCACGUGUCAACGGCCAAGCGCACGUGUUCAGCGUUGAUUUGAGUUCCGGAGAGGUGAACCUUGUCGACGUCGGAGAACACUCUGGUUACCCAACGAUGACUAUUGAAGACAUGACGUCAUCAACAUGGGCUCCACUUGGGAACGCUGAUUUCAACCGUUCGAUUUUGGCACGUGGCGUUGAUCUAAAGGAUCUCGCUUGUCUGCCGAUUUCACUUGGGUGGUUCGGAGAAAAAGAGGAAAACCGGCGGCUGAUUAAGGUGCAAUGUUACUCAAUGGAAGGAACAGCAAAUUUCUACAUGAGACCAAUCGAAGGGCUGACAGUUGUUCUCGAUAUGGAUACAAAACAAGUGGUGGAGAUCAUCGAUAAAGGGAAGAACAUCCCGAUACCAAAGGCCGCAGGUACAGACUAUCGUUUCUCCGCACAAAACUCCAAAAUCAACCUGGUAAACCCGAUAUCCAUCGAGCAACCAAAGGGUCCGAGUUUCACCAUUGAAGAUGAUCAUCUAGUGAAAUGGGCAAACUGGGAAUUUCACCUCAAACCCGACCCGAGAGCAGGGGUGGUGAUAUCUCGGGUCAAGGUGAUAGAUCCGAUUACCCGAGAGAUGAGGAAUGUGAUGUAUAAAGGGUUUACUUCGGAGCUAUUUGUUCCUUAUAUGGAUCCUACCGACGCUUGGUAUUUCAAGACGUACAUGGACGCCGGCGAAUAUGGGUUCGGACUUCAGGCGAUGCCGUUGGACCCACUUAAUGAUUGCCCACGUAACGCUUAUUAUAUGGACGGUGUGUUCGCCGCCGGCGACGGGACGCCGUAUGUCCGGACAAAUAUGGUUUGUGUUUUUGAGAGUUACGCCGGCGAUAUUGGGUGGCGACACUCUGAAAGUCCGAUCACCGGACUGGAGAUACGAGAGGUGAGACCGAAGGUGACGCUAGUUGUAAGAAUGGCAGCUUCCGUUGCGAAUUAUGAUUAUAUUGUGGAUUGGGAAUUUCAGACGGAUGGGUUGAUCAGAGUGAAGGUUGGACUUAGUGGAAUCUUGAUGGUGAAAGGCACUUCUUACGUCAACAUGAACCAAGUAAACCAAGAGGAAAAUCUCUACGGCACCCUCUUAUCAGAAAAUGUCAUCGGAGUCAUCCAUGACCACUACAUCACCUUCUACCUUGACAUGGACAUUGAUGGGCCCGCAAACUCCUUUGUCAAAGUCAACAUCAAACGUGAAGAGACUACGCCUGGAGAAUCUCCCAGGCACAGUUACAUAAAAGCAGUUAGAAAUACUGCGAAAACAGAAAAAGAUGCACAAGUGAAAUUAAAGUUGUAUGACCCGUCCGAGUACCAUAUUGUGAACCCGUCUAAACGGACAAGAGUUGGUAACCCGAUCGGGUACAAGCUGGUCCCUGGUGGGACUGCUGCCAGCUUGCUGGAUCUUGAUGAUCCACCACAGAAACGUGGGGCUUUUACUAAUAAUCAAAUUUGGGUGACUCCAUAUAAUAAGAGUGAGGAGUGGGCCGGAGGAUUGUUUACGUAUCAGAGUCAAGGGGAAGAUACUCUUGCAGUAUGGUCCGAAAGGGACCGAUCAAUUGAAAACAAGGACAUUGUAAUGUGGUAUACAUUAGGGUUUCAUCAUGUUCCAUGCCAAGAAGACUUCCCAAUCAUGCCGACUGUAUCAUCGAGCUUUGAUUUGAAGCCUGUUAACUUUUAUGAAAGCAACCCUAUUCUCAACAUUCCACCAAAUAACGAGAAUGAUUUGCCUGUUUGUAGUGCUAGUGCUGAAUCUUCUGCUUAAUUGUUUUAAUCUUAAGAAAAAUCUUGGUCUCCAAUCUCGAUGUUGUGAAUAUGUACGAAUUUGGGAAAGUAGAGUGUUGUAGACCUAAAUGAUCGAUAUCUAAUAAUAAAUGGUUUAAGGACACUUUUUUCCU